CCCGCCAUGGCUGCUACUCUCCGUAACCGUCUUCAACGUCGUAUGUCUAAUAACCAUUUAUACAAUUCGCGUUCUCCAGUCCUUGCACGCACCUCAGUUCGAUUCUCUUCAACAGCCUCAAGACAACUCACUUUGAAAGAACGUCUUGCAGAGCUCAUCCCUGCAGAAAUAGAAAAGGUAAAUGCAAUUCGCGCCGAGCAUGGUAAAAAGGCUUUCGGUCCAGUAACAGUCGACCAACUCUAUGGCGGUAUGCGUGGUCUCCCAGCCCUCAUUUGGGAUGGUUCCGUCCUCGACCCAGACGAAGGUAUUCGUUUCCGUGGAAAGUCCAUCGCCGAGUGCAAGGAGCUCCUACCCGCCGCUCCAGGUGGCACAGAACCUCUUCCUGAAGGUCUCUUCUGGCUCCUCGUCACCGGCGAGAUUCCAUCUAAGGAGCAGGUUACCGAGCUCAGCCGCGACUGGGCUGCCCGUGCCGAAAUACCCGACUUCGUAAAGGAGAUCAUCGACCGCUGCCCUCCUACUCUCCACCCUAUGAGUCAGUUCUCAAUGGCAGUCACCGCACUCAACCAUGACUCCGCCUUUGCCAAGGCCUACCAGGAUGGUGUCUCUAAAAAGGAAUACUGGGGUCACACUUUCGAAGACACGAUGGAUCUCAUUGCCAAACUCCCUAACAUUGCUGGUCGCAUAUACCGCAAUGUAUUCGGUGACGGAAAGCUCCCUCCCAUCGACCCCAGCAAGGAUUACUCUGCUAACCUCGCGACCCUCCUUGGCUUUGGUGACAACGCAGCUUUCGUCGAGCUCCUUCGUCUCUACAUCACUAUCCACACCGACCACGAAGGUGGCAACGUCUCAGCUCACACCGGAAAACUCGUCGGCUCAGCCCUAUCAGACCCCUUCCUUGCCUUCGGAGCCUCCCUAAACGGUCUCGCAGGCCCACUCCACGGCCUCGCAAACCAAGAAGUCCUUCUCUGGCUCCGCAAAAUGCAAUCCCAAAUCGGCGAAAACGCAACCGACUCCGCAGUCAAAGACUACGUCUGGUCCACCCUCAAAGGCGGCCAAGUCGUCCCAGGCUAUGGACACGCCGUCCUCCGCAAAACCGACCCCCGUUACACCGCACAACGCGAAUUCGCGCUCAAAAACCUCCCUGAUGACCCCCUCUUCAAACUCGUCGGCCAGAUUUAUAAUGUCGUGCCUGAUAUUUUGUUGGAGGCGGGUAAGGCUAAGAACCCGUGGCCGAAUGUGGACGCGCAUUCGGGCGUGCUUUUGACGCAUUAUGGGUUACAUCAGAUGCAGUUCUAUACGGUGUUGUUUGGUGUGAGUAGGGCGUUUGGUGUGGCUGCGCAGUUGAUUUGGGAUCGUGCACUUGGUGCUCCUUUGGAACGUCCGAAGUCGUACUCGAGUGAGGCGAUUCAGAAGAUGUUCAAGGAUAGGCAAUAGUUGCUCGUUUUGGUUUUUGUUGUUGUUCGCAUAUCCUUAUGGCUACAUGAUUCUUAGACUAUCGUAAAUCCAUGCAGCAAUGCUAUUCCGGGGGUUAUAUGCAA